ACACCUCUACUCCGUUUGUGUCUCCGGUUCGUUGCAGCUCCGCGAAGAAAUCUACAUUUUUCCCUGGGUAAAAAUGGGUAAAAAAGCUAAGAAGAAGGCUAGAAGUGGCCACAAUGAGAAACAGGUUCAUGUUUCAUCUCCUAUGCAUGUUUCUCAUCAGAGUAAAAGCAUUAGCAAUUUUCAGAAAGGUGGAGUUGCAGUUGUUGAAGAGGAAAAAACAUGCCCCCAUGUUGAUAAGAAACUUAAUCUUGAAAAGGUUUCUGCAAAAGUGGGAUCUUCAGAAUCAAUUAGGUGUGAAGAAUGCAUGGGUGAGGGCGUUGAUAAUCAGUCAUCUAAAGGGAAGACAAAGCACACAAAAAAGAAGGUAAGCACGGAUAAAGCUAUAUGGGUUUGCUUAGAAUGUGGUCGUUUUUCAUGUGGGGGUGUUGGUUUGCCUACUACACCUCAAAGCCAUGCAGUUCGGCAUUCAAAGAAAUAUCGUCAUUCACUGGCUGUCCAAUAUGAAAAUUCCAACCUAAUUUGGUGUUUCCCAUGCAAUAAACUGAUUCCUUGCAAUAAAACAUAUGACAGUGCUGAACACAAAAAGGUAAUACAUGACAUUGUGAACCUAAUCAAAGGAACACAGCCUGAAGUUAAAAAUGUAUGUGUUGAUAAUGUGUUUUCUUCAAGUGGUAGUGGAAGUAUCAGGAGUUAUGUCAUAUCAAAACAAUCUGCUUUGGUUGGGUUGGAUGGUAAGUCUGGGUAUUCUGUCAGAGGAUUUAUUAAUUUAGGGAAUACUUGUUUCUUUAAUUCAGUAAUGCAGAAUCUUAUGACAAUUAGUAAGUUGCGGGAACAGUUUAUCGGGAUGGAUGGUUUUCCUGGUCCUCUUACUGCUGCCAUGAAAAAGCUCUUCAUGGAGACACACCCUGAAACUGGUUUGAGGGGCGCUGUUGUAAAUCCAAAAUCUGUUUAUAGUUCGAUAUGCUCUAAGUUUCCUCAAUUUCGAGGAUACCAGCAACAAGAUAGUCAUGAGUUGCUUCGAUGUUUGCUUGACGGUUUAUGUACUGAAGAACUGGCUGGAAGUGGAAGAACGAAAAAUGCCUCCAAAGAAGAUCCCACCUUAAUUAGUUCUAUCUUUGGGGGGCAACUUUCAAGUACUGUUAGUUGUCUAGAAUGUGGGCACUCCUCAGUAGUAUAUGAACCAUUCUUAGAUCUGUCAUUGCCAGUUCCAACUAAGAGGCCACCGUCCAAGAAAUCCCAAAUAGUGACUCGACCAAAAAAAUCAAAGCUUCCCCCAAAGAAAAGUGGCAGGAUUAGUACAAGAGCCAGCAAAUAUAUAAUCUCUCAGCCUGCUCAGAGUGCUCCAGAAUCUGCAAUGGUUUCUCUAAGAGAUGCAUCAUUAGAUUCCCUUGAUGUUAGUACUUUGGCUGAUGACAUGGGUUUAUUUAGCUCAGCCACUCAGGGUUCUGGAAAUGAUACAAUGAUUGAAGCAGGAACUUUAAACCACACAGAUGAGUCAACAUGGUUGGAUUAUAUCGAGCCAGAAACAUUGCCUACUUAUGAAGUUUCACCUUUGCACAGUGAUGAAUAUUCCAAUAAUAAGUAUUUUGGGGAUGGAAGUUUUGUUCAGCAUGAUGUCUCAUUGCAACAGAAUUCAGAAACUGAUUUGGAGAUUGCUUCCCCAUAUAGAGAUGUAACAUCUUCUUCAGACAAUUUGGCAAGCUCGAAUAAUCUAGAGCAAAAUGAAGUGUUAUGUGCAACUCAAGCUCACGAUAUGGAAAUUAAUCCCUCCUCUACAACUCAUUGUGAAGAUGAUAUACCGUUGCAGGUACAUGAUUCAAAAGUAAUCUUUCUUCCAUACAAAGAAGAAAGCACAUCUUCAUUUGAGGUACCAAAAGGAGAAAGUGAGGUUUUGUCAGUAGCUGGUUGUGAACAAGAUGUGGAUCUUGAUUGCUUUGGGGGCUUAUUUGAUGAACCCGAGGAGACGACUGCAGGUUGUUCUGUAAAGCCCUCAUCAAACAGUGACUCUGAUCCAGACGAGGUUGAUAACAGUAAUUCUACUGUAUCAGUGGAGAGUUGUUUAGCUUAUUUCACAAAACCUGAAAAUCUAACCAUAAGUGACCAUGCCUGGAAGUGCGAAAAUUGUUCAAAAGUUCUUCUAGAACAAAAGAAGCGAGAGAGGGUUGCAGAUGGAUAUGGGGAUAUGCUCGAUGGUGAGUUGAAUGACCAUAGAUAUAAUGACAAUGACACCUGCAGCUCUAGUAGUGAACAAUUUGAUAGAUCACAUAGCACUGAAAUUAUGGAGGGGAAUCACUCUAUAUCCCAAAAAUCUAAGCCAGAUGGAACUGUGGAUGCGGAGACAGAUUCUGAAACUGUCAAAGUAGAAAGAGAUGCAACAAAGAGGAUCCUCAUUGAUAAACCCCCUCGAGUUUUGACUAUUCAUUUGAAGAGAUUCAACCAAGAUGCUCGAGGGCGGCUAAGUAAACUGAAUGGCCAUGUUUAUUUUAAAGAUACACUUGAUCUCAAACCCUAUAUUCAUCCCAGACACCCGGAGUGUGGGACCCACAAAUAUCAGCUGCUCGGGGUGGUGGAACAUUCCGGGACAAUGCGUGGAGGGCAUUACGUUGCAUACGUAAGAGGAGGCAGAAGCGGAGAGUCGGUAUGGUAUUAUGCGAGCGAUGCUCACGUGAGCCAGGUUUCUUUGGAACAAGUUCUUCGCUCUGAGGCAUAUAUUCUGUUUUAUGAAGAGAUGUGAGAUGAGUAUUAUAUACCCAAGUUUCAUAUUCAUUGAUUGUUUCUAUAAUUCUAUCAUUUACUUAGAGAGGGGUGUAUACAACACACAUUCAGUGUUUUUGCCCAUUUUUGUCCAGAAAUUUUGUUGCUUAUUUAGCAAUGAGCCUAAAGAUGUAUUAUA